UGCCGUGGUAUAAAGAAACGUAAUUAAAUAUAUAUUUUUUACAACACAUUAUUGAAUUUUGACGCUAUUGCUUCAUUAUGGGUAAACCACCGUACAUUUACACGGAAUCGGAAUCAGAAGACACAUCGAUUAGUUCUACUGAAAAUAAGAAGAAGAAGAAGAGGUUCUCCAUUCUCAAAUACACUAGACGUAAUGUAAAGAAACAAAAAUGCAAAAUUCAGAGUAAGUCUGAGCCUGAAGAAUCGGACUACAACAGUAAGGGCCGGUGCAAUAAAGUGAGAUACAAGCUGCCUGGUAUACUCAAACACUCACAUGUCGAGCGGGAGAGAGAGACCUCUGACGAUGACAGCGAGCCUAUGAAGCCUAAGGCUCAUGAUAAGUACUUAGUGGGACGAGUGCCUCGGUCUGCUGGGACGAAGCCCGGCCGAGGUGGAGGGGUCGCCAUUAUUGUUAGGAAGCAUGUCAGCAAUCUACCUGGACCACAAAGUGCGACGACUAGUCCUAAAAGAAGUAAGGCAUCUAAACUUCGCCGGCUGUCCAAGAAGAGAUCUUACUAAUCUCGGAAAAAUGAUUCCGUAACAUUGUAACAAGGUACAUGUUAUGAAGGUGGAAGCUGUGGACCGAAAUAUUGACACAAGAGUGGGUAGU